CAAAAUCCUCCGGUACCGGAACUCAAAAUCCUCCGGCUUCCGGUGCCGCCGACAACCGUUUAUUUCGCACUUAAUUUCCGCUAAACAAUCACUGUUAACUUUAUCUCAUCUGACACAUCAAAUCAGUCAGAUUCAUUGCGAAUCCACAUAUGCUAAAUCAAGGUUGCUGAUCUAUAUUGAUUCAAGAAUUGCGGAGAUAUAAGUUAUAGAUUAGCAGAUGGAUUGGUUUAGUGGGAAGGUUUCAUUAGGGAACUUUCCUGAUCUAACAGAAGCUGUUAACAAGAUCAGUGCAGGUGUUAAAACUAUCGAAAAGAAUUUCGAUAAUGCCCUUGGGUUGGAAGACAACCCUGACAGUGCUUCUUCUACUUCUGAAGCUUCAGGGUUAUGGUCUACAGAUUUAAUGUCUUUUAUCGGUAAAAAAGACGAGGAAGAACAUGCCGAGUUGUCGAAAAAUACUGAGUCUGCAGAGAAACAUGAAUCGUCAAGUCAUCCAUUGACAUCUGCAGAACACGAAAGUGACGAAACAGAUGUUAAUGCCAGUGAACAUGGUGAAUCAAGUAUUAUUGAGGAGCUGGCACAGGAGAUGCAUAAUAUAGUUACGGAAGAAGCGGAGAGAAGGGCUGAAACAAAUAUUGUUGAUGAGCUGGCGCAUGAAAUUACCGCCAUCGCCCUAGAAACGGACAAUGCACAAAAACCAGAUAUUGAACUAUCCGAAAAACCGAGUGUAGAUCGUCCUGACCAGUUAGAGUCUCAUAAGUCAACAGAACAUGAGUCCACAAGUUCUGAAGAUCAAGUUGCCGGUACCGCCCCCGAGUCAAAUGAGGUGGCCGCGAAGAAUGAACAGAAGGAUCGAGAAGAAGAAGAAACGGUGCCGGAAGUUUCCGCAAUUGAGAGGGUGGCUGUGGCAGCUGAUGUGGCGGGUGAAGUCAGCGAAACUGACGGUAAAGAACCAGGUGAUGCUUCCGAGAUGGUUGCUGAAGUGGUUUCAAGUUAUGGAAAUACAAAUGAUGCUAGUGAACAUGAAACUGAAGUUAAAGAACAAGUGUCAAGUUCCGGAAGAAAUUUGUCUGAAAAAUCAGAUUUAAUGGCUGAGCUGGAGAAGGUGAAGAAGGAGAUGAAGUUGAUGGAGACUGCACUCUUAGGAGCCGCUAAACAAGCUCAGACAAAAGCUGAUGAAAUUGCAAAUCUAAUGAAUGAGAAUGAGCAGCUGAAGUCAUUGCUUGAGGAACAAAGGAGAAAAUCAAAUGAAGCUGAGGUCGAGUCUCUACGAGAAGAGUAUCACCAAAGGGUUUCAACUCUUGAAAGAAAGGUUUAUGCCCUCACGAGGGAAAGAGACACACUACGCAGAGAGCAAAAUAAAAAAAGCGAUGCCGCUGCUCUUCUGAAGGAAAAAGAUGAAAUCAUCACUCAAGUUAUGGCAGAAGGCGAAGAGCUUUCAAAGAAACAAGCUGCUCAAGAAUCGACGAUCAGGAAACUACGUGCACAGAUCAGAGAGCUUGAAGAGGAGAAGAAAGGACUGAUAACAAAGCUCCAGGUUGAAGAGAGCAAGGUAGAGAGUAUAAAGAGGGACAAAGCUGCUACAGAGAAGCUGCUCCAAGAAACAAUAGAGAAAAACCAAGCUGAGCUGGCGACUCAAAAAGAAUACUACACAAAUGCUUUAAGUGCAGCCAAAGAAGCCGAAGCAUUAGCUGAAUCACGCGCAAAUGAUGAAGCUAGAGUUGAACUAGAAAGCCGUAUAAAGGAAUCUGAAGAGCGUGAAGCUUUGUUAGUUCAAACCCUAGAAGAAUUAAGGCAAACUCUCAGCAGAAAGGAGCAACAGGCGGUUUUUAGAGAAGAUAUGCUAAGGAGAGACAUCGAGGACCUUCAAAAAAGAUACCAAGCAAGUGAGCGUCGAUGUGAAGAGUUGGUUACACAGGUUCCGGAAUCUACUAGGCCUCUUCUGAGGCAGAUUGAGGCUAUUCAGGAAACAAGUGCUAGAAAGGCAGAAGCUUGGAGUGCUGUGGAGAGAUCACUAAACUCACGUCUUCAGGAAGCAGAGGCCAAAGCUGCAGGAGCAGAGGAAAGAGAGCGUUCUGUCAAUGAACGAUUAUCUCAAACAUUAUCUCGCAUUAAUGUCCUUGAAGCUCAGAUAUCAUGUUUGAGAACUGAGCAAACACAACUAACAAAAUCCCUUGAAAAGGAAAGACAAAGAGCAGCAGAAAGCAGGCAGGAUUACCUGGCACUAAAAGAGGAGGCUGAUACUCACGAAGGUCACGUGAGUCAGCUUCAACAAGAAAUAAGUCAACUCAAACAGAAACAUAAGCAAGAGCUUCAUGAAGCAUUGACACACCGUGAACUUCUUCAGCAGGAUAUAGAACGCGAAAAAGCCGCACGUUUGGAACUAGAAAAGGCUCUUCUCGAGCAAAAUAAGAUAGCCAGGACAAAAUCCACAACUGAGAAUGGUUUGACUCGCAGACUCUCUAGUGCUAGCAGUUUGAGCAGUAUGGAGGAAAGUUUUUAUCUGCAAGCAUCUUUGGACUCAUCUGAUACCGUUUCGGAAAGGAGAAAUAUCGGAGAGACCUCAUAUUAUUUAAAAAGCAAAACACCAAACGCCUUUGAAGCUGCCCUUAGACAAAAGGAGGGUGAACUUGCAUCUUAUAUGUCUAGAUUGGCAUCCAUGGAGUCCAUCCGGGACUCUCUUGCGGAGGAGUUGGUUAAUAUGACUGCAGAGUGUGAAAAGUUACGGUCAGAAGUGUCUCAGCUGCCAGCCAUGAAGGCGGAGAUGGAAGCGUUACGACGCAGGCACUCUGCUGCCCUUGAGCUGAUGGGCGAACGUGAUGAGGAGCUUGAAGAACUUCGUGCUGAUAUUGUGGACUUGAAGGAGAUGUACCGAGAACAAGUAAACGUUCUUGUAAAUAAGAUUCAGGUUUUGAGUUCAUCAAUCGGUGCUGCUUAAAGGAGAGGUCAACAUUUUUAAGGGCGCAGAAUAUACUUAUUCAAUGUGUGAACCGUUCUUGUUUUUGAAUGAUACUAAUGUAUUGUAGUACCGAGUUUUUGAAAGUCCUGGUCAUACGUUUUGUAACCAAACACAGCAAUCUUUUUUCUCUCGAUACAGGUACAAUCCAGCUAUUAAACAGCUCCCCUCA